AUGGAUUCCAUUGCUUGUUCAAAAAGAAGAAAAGAAAUGGAAGCCAUCGAUAGGAUCAGUGCAUUGCCAGAUGCACUUAUCAGUCACAUACUUUCCACACUUCCAACACUGGAUGCCGUGAGGACCACUGUUUUGUCUAGAAGAUGGAUCAACCAGUGGACUUCCAUUCAGAACCUGAAGUUUGAUGAGGAUGAUGAAUAUUUAGCACUGCUCGCAAUGACCCUGAUCGGUUUGCUAGGUUUGUUAAUCGAGCACUUCAUUUUCGGGAGUCAUCAGACAUCCAGAAGUUCACUCUUUGUUUUAAUAGGAUUGGUUUUCGAGUACAUCAUCUCUGUCGCUACUAGCACAUUCAUGAUUGCUGUUAGGCGCAGUGUUUUUACAUGCAGAACACUGCGGAUUUUAAGUUUGGAAUUCAGUGGUGGGGAUAUUACUUUUGAUCCUCCUGCAUCAGGCUGUUUUCCCAGUCUCGAGUCCCUCAAACUCAAAGUUAGAGUUAGAAUUGUAGAUCCUGUUGAGCAUGAAAUGGAAAAGCUUCUUUCUUCCUGCCCUAAACUUGUCCAUCUGGGUGUAAGUAUUUCAGGAAUUGCUGCGUUUCAUUUGAAGGAAAUUUUUGAUUUCUACUUGAGUUUUCGUUUGAUUAGUAUACUUUUAUCUUUCACCAAGGAUUGCUGCCUCCCUGCUUUUGGUAAUUUGACUGAGUUGGAGUUGGUUUUUUGUGAUGGCGAUUACUGGAAAUUUCUCGCAGUUUUACUCCAAAAAGCUCCUAAUCUGGAAUAUCUUGAUUUAGAAGAUAAAACUGAAGGUGAUUAUGAAAGUUCACGCAAUCUACCUGAGGUGGUGCCUAUAUGCCUGUCAUCACAUCUGAAGAAGAUAUUAAUAAGGGGAUUCAAGGGACGGAAAUGUGACAUGAAAGUGGCAAAGUAUUUGUUAGAGAACGGUUAUCAUUUGAAUGAGUUCACCAUAAUCUGCUGCCAUACUAAUCUCUUGGACAAGAAAGAGGAGUUACACAAGGAACUUUGUUUGUUUCAGAAGGCAAAGUCUUGUUCCAUUUACUUUGAUGAAGAUGUGCUCAAAGGGCAGAAGGCCUAG